AUGGAGCAGCAUCACUUUCCUCGACGAAGUGCUAGUCAUGGCACACUUCGCAGCAGCUACUCAUCCCAUGGAGGCCCAGCUCCUGGUCUCCCUCCCUUUCGCCCCCUUCAUAAGCCGCUUCGUAGCGUUAACGAGAAUUCUGUGCUCUUGCAUUCUCCAGGGGCGCUGGAAAGCAUGCUCAAAACGACAACUGAAACUGGAGACAUUGGCAUAUUCACCAUCAGGCCCGUGCCGCCUUCACCUCUACUGCCAAGAGAUUCUCUCUCAGAAACCGGCUAUCCCCACUGGAGACCACGUCGUUCAGUUGACAAUCUAUACCGUCAAAACCAAACAAUGAGGCCACCGUCUCAUCGAGAUGCUACAUCCGAAGUCUUUUCUGUUUAUGGGUCAGACAGUUUGAAGUCAGGGACAAGCACCCUUUCUCCCACCUCGACUGAAGACGCGGGCCAGCGUUCCUAUUCCAUGACAACUUGCGGCUCUCGUCAUCUAUCCCACCACAGAUCAACCAACACUCUGCAGAGCCAGGCAAGCGGGAGUAGUCAGCUCCAACGUCCACGCUCUCCAUUUCCAUACCCAACGCGCUUGAAGCGCCCAGGGGUUCGUCCUGCUUCCCCAGCUGUUACAGAAAAUGGGCGAAUAGAUUAUAGCCGUAUGGUGGAAAUCGAUAGAGUCUCCUACAGAACGGUUCACAGCCACUUCAAGCAUGUGUGCUCGCCUAUGGCGAGGAGACCGCCCCCACUGGGACUAAGAGCAGACAUCAAUCGCUCAACUCCAUCGCUGGCUCCUCCUGGGCCACCCCCUAAUCGUGGUCCACCUCGUCCACGGUCUAUUAGGACUCAUUCGCCAGCGUCAAUGGCGUCGUGGAAUCCUCCUUACCAUGAGAGAUUGGAUAGCACAGCAAUGAGAACCUCUAGCCUUACUUCAGUGACAAAUAUAUACCGUCGGGUGCCGCCUAUGCUCAGAGAUGGCCAAAACUACCCUCCGCAGACUUCACCUCGCUACUACGACUACACUGAGGAUUUUGAGGAUAAAGAUUCUCAAUUAACUCCAUUGACACACACAUUCACACCAUUGCGUGCUCAGAUGGUCAGAUAUCCUCGGUCAACAAUGUGUCGAGAUGAUGACGACUAUCUUGCUACACGCCAUCUUGCUGCUGUUUUUGGUGAAGGAGAUUCGGCUUUCUUUGAUUGCGAAAGCCAAGUAGUUGAUGAGCAAGACGUUCCCCCUGUUUUAACGACAAUUCCGAGCCGAAGUCAGAGUCGCGCCGAGUCAAUAGAAGGAUCAAUAUCCCAUCGCCCGGACUCCGCAAUAUCCCAAAACAGCACAAUUGAGCUUGACGCCUCGGAACUUGGUGGCAGAAACGCAAGAAGCAGUGAUAUUGAUUUACUCCCAUCACAAAUUGGGCGAGAAUCAAUUGAUACAUUUAACCCGAGCCUUGACCUCGAAUCCAGGGAUCUACCACUAUCGUAUAAGUGUGUCACUUAUCACGCACACACAGCCCCGAAGACUCAGAAAAAGUCACCCGAAAGACGUGUGCAGGUGUUUGGAGGCCGGGCUCCCACAAUCCGAAGUGAACAAGGGGUAAUUCUUCGGGAUGAUACACAUUACGAAACAAUUGACAAAAUAGCCCCAGAAAGCCAUCAGCUUUGUGCUGAGACUGGGACGGGUGAACCGGAUGAGCUACACGAGAGUAGUGAUGUUUCUUAUCACCACGUCGCAGGUGUUCCCGAAGCUUCAACCGCGAACGGGCCGCAGGGUACCCUUUUUUCGUCUAGCCACACCGAAAACAUGUCUCCUAGUGUUGGCUUAGAUCCGCAUGGAUCCUGUGGAUCUGCAUGUCCGUUGGCGGGAGAUGCAGUAGCAGAACCAGAAGAAACGAGAAAAGAAGAGACUAAAAAAUCGCCAGACAAUAAUGGAGUUGAGAUUAGCUGUCCUAAUCAGUUUCGCCGUCACAGAAGAAACCAUGCUGCGUUGAGGAUUAGUACCACAGGUAUACCCCGGAAAGAUAACGAGGGCCAUCCGCACAUCACGCCGACAUGUUCUAUGGUACCUCUCGUCUCUCCAAAGCCAAUUUCCCCUGCUCGUCAACUCAAAGUUAAGAAUAGCAUUCCUCAGCUUAUGAAAGCCCUACCUCCUUUGCCAGGCGUUCUAGGAUACGGUCUGCCUUCACCUGCCACAGAAAUUGUGGAUGAAGACGAUUUCGCAGAGAUUCUCGUCCCAUUUAGCUUUCACGGAUCAGAUGAGCCCUUGCAGCUUAAUAAGCCGCAAGCUCCCAAUCCUGUGCAUAUGAUGCGAGAUGAGGCGAUCCUAACCCCACAAAAAGAAAGUCCCAAGUUCAAGCUGAAAAUCAAGACAUCUGGGCUGUCUGAAGCUUCAAAUUCGUUGGAACAUAAUGUACGAUCAACCACAAAUAGAGGAAUCCCUCGCCUGGAUCAUAUGUCAGGUGUAGAGACUAUCGAUGGAUCUAACGAAAUGCAAGGACGAAAUCAAGACAGAAACAGGUUUAAAGUCAAAUCUCCCAGACAUCGUUCCGGCUUGAGCUCCUCUCAGUAUUCCACUGUUCGGCACAACCCAAGAGUUGAAGCAUCUGAAGUUGUAGCAGAACUCAUGAGACAAAAAUCCCAAGAUCUCUUUGGUGGACCUCUGAACGCGGAGACAAUGCUGUUACAGGAACGUAGGAAGCCCUUGUCCCACCUAGUAUAUUCAUACGGAGUCAAUAAAAUCAAUGUCUCGGACUCUACUUCAAUGGAUAGAGGAAUUGAAUCGAUCCGCUAUCGAAUACCCUUAGCUAUGCCGAAUUGUACCAAUGAGUUGCCUCGAAUGGGUAGCGAGGGGCUCACCAGCUCGAUUCCUUGCCGUGGAUUGAUCAAACGCUUAUCUAACCUUCGUACACUUCUGUCUUCUUCUUCUACCUUGUCUAUACGUCAAACACAAGAGCUUGAUGGCUCAAAACUCACUAAAGUCACGGCUAAUACCUUAGCAAGCUCUGAUAUCAACGUUGAGAAAUCUGUGUCGACGACUGAGUCCACGGCGACAGAAGCAGGUCAAUUACGAGUACGUCAACGCAUCCGAGCAAAGUUGAAUAGAUGGGUUAAAGGUGCUAAAGCCGCAAUGCGAAAGUAUGGGAGAAAUACCUAUAACCACCACAAACAGGACAGCAAGGAGGGGGGUAAUAUAACCCACGUAUGA